AUGUUACAGAGUCAGGCCUCCUCUCAGUUCUCUGAUCAGUAUCCCUCAUCGGCUUUUGAGGAUAAUCCACGAGAUACUUUCUCCUUCUUCACAUCUGAUGGGCUGUUUAACCUCGACGGGCGCGAAACGCCAACUUCUACUCCUAACGUGAACUUACUCCGACCGGCGAUUCCUCCUGUUAUCCCAGAAACACUCGAACGCGUUGGUCCUCCUAAAAGGAAAAACUAUAUCCUCUGGACAGAAAUGGCGAAUGAGGAUUUCAUCGUCUGGUGGUUAAAGACGGAGUAUGGAAGUAAGAUGAAACGGAAUAUCUUUGAGGGUAGACGCAAUGCAGAAUGUUGGGACCACUUCUACCAGGUCGCUACUAUCCAGGAUGGGUCUCCUAAGGUAAUAUGCAAGAAUUGCGACCAUAUCCUUGCCCAUCCUGCCGAUAAGCGCCGGGGAACAUCUACUAUGAAUAGGCAUUAUUCGCAAGUAGGUACCUGUCGGAGAGGACCGACUCAGUCGCAAGAUAUUAGGAAGGCUAUCAAGAACGGGGCAUAUCUGUCGUCUCGUAAAGCAUCAUUUACGCCGCAAGCUUGGAUGGAAAGGUUAAUUACCUUUAUUGCUGCCUCGCGGCUACCCUUCCAGCUUAUUGAGCAUCCUGAAUUUCGCGCCCUUCUUGAGAUGGCCCGGCUUGCUCCCUGCUUCCCCGAAAUCCCAACUGCAACCACAGUCCGCCGUCAUCUUCAAGAGAUCGUGGAAGAACGCCAGUAUACUCUUCUACAGAAGCUUCCUAAUAGUGCUAAGCUCUCUAUUGCAUUAGAUUGCUGGACCUCACCAUUUCGCCAAGCUUUUAUGGCAAUAACGGGCUAUUUCAUUGACCAAGAGUGGAAUUACCGAGAGCUCUUGCUUGGCUUUGAACCUCUACAGGGCUCACAUACGGGGGCCUAUCUAAGCACUGUCCUGCUUGACCUUCUUGAGAAGCAUCGGAUUACUGAGAGGGUGUUAACUAUUACUACUGAUAACGCAUCUAAUAACGGAACAUUACUCGGUAGCCUUCAAGAGGUCGUCGAAUCCCUACAGCUACCUAGUAGUAUACCGGUUAUUCGUAUACCAUGUAUUGCACAUGUUAUACAGCUCAGUUUGAAGGAGCUCCUUGGUCAGAUGGACGCGAACCCAGGAAACGAGAGGGAAGAGAUUGAAUGGACCGAGAAAGGGCAUAUAGCUCGGCAAGAGAAUAGAAAGAUCGUGGAUACUCUGAACAAGGUUCGGAAGGUAGCAGUCUACAUCAACAAAAGUCCCCAGCGCCGCGAGAGCUUCAUAAGGCUUCAGACGAAAGAGCCUAAGCUUAUGCCUAUACAAGAUGUUCGGACACGAUGGAAUUCGACGUUCCUCAUGCUCAGGCGUGCCCGGCGAUUGCAGUCUGCCUUUGAUGACUUCUGUGUCCAAUUCAACCUCGCUGAUGUAAAGAUAGACAGAGAUAAAUGGCGACAAGUUGACUAUCUUCUGUCAAUCACUUAUCCCUUCUUCAAAUUCACUUCGUCUCUUUCGGCAACUACAGACGUGACUAUCCAUAACGUCUUUGGUAUCUAUAACGCCCUAUUCACACAUAUUGAUAAGGCGAAAGUGCAGCUAGCGCGAAAGAAGGUUGGUUGGAAGAGAGUGAUGAAGUCCGCGCUUGACCGUGCGCGCGAUAAGCUUACAGAGUAUUAUGGAAAGACUGAUGAUAUUCCUGGUGAUCUCUAUGCAAUUGCGACUAUCCUAGGACCACGGAACAAGCUAGAGUUCUUCACAACAUCUGAAUGGGAACCUCACUGGGGGCCUCGCUAUAAGCAGUCGCUAGAGGCUUACAUUCAGCCUUACCGGCAGCGCUACGAAGAGGCACAGUCUACAUCAACUCUCCAGCCCACAAUUCAAGACGUCUCUGACAUUGAUAUCCUUCUGAGACCUACUGUAUCUCUUCAGUCAAACGUGACGGCUCCAGAUGAGCUUACACGGUAUCUUAGAAGUAGUACUGUCGAAGCAACCCCUCUCGUUUUCUGGAAAGAACACCAAAAUGAAUAUCCUAUUCUGGCAAGCCUUGCUCGAGACAUCCUUACAACACCAGCCAGUGGUUCUGGCGUUGAGCGGUUAUUUAACUCUGCGCGUGAUAUCUGCCAUUAUCGCCGGGGCUCACUGAAACCGCAGACAAUCAAGGAAUUGAUGUUGUUUAUGUGUACAACAAAAUUUGACGUGGAGUCAGAGCAGCUUGCCCUAGUUGAUGAGUAUCUUUCUACGCAAGAGAAGCAAGCAAAGAAAGAGCAGAAGGACGCCCAGAAGAAAGAGGAACAAUUUGAUCCAAUUAGUGAUAACGAGGAAGACCUAUCCACUACUGAAGAUUCUGCCGAAACUAUCCAACUUCCUAGUGCGCGAGCGCUUGGAAAGAGAAGGGCUACCCCGGAUCAGCUAUUUGAACUUGACGAUGAUGACGAUGAGGUUCCCCUGCCUGAUAAUAGCCACUUAGAAGAAGGGAGGACUACUCAGAGGCGUUCAUCUGGGCGUGUUCCAAAGCGCUUGAGACAGGAUGAGGAUUUUGUAUAUCUUUAA